AUGGGAGCCAUUUUAUCAAGAGAAAUGGCAGCGCUCCGAGUCACCCUUUGGGUGACACUCUGGGGCGUUUUGAUACACCAUGCCGAAGCACUGAACUCAACGUUGUCGUCUACGUCAGCUGAGCUGACUCUAGAUCAUGCAAUCGAGAGGUCCGUACAGUUGGAGCAUCUGGAAGGCUCCGGCAUAGACAUCGUCACCGACAGCAGUUCCACACUCACAUCUCUUGCCCACAUCGAUCCUACUGCUGUCAGCAACAAGAUCAGGAAGCGAGCCGCUGAUUUUUACAACGGCUUCGUAGGACCACAGUUCUACUCGCCAUUUUCCAUCUCAGCUCCUCGCUUCCCUCCCACAGCCGUAAUUGGUCUCAGUCGUCCGUUACAACGCGACAGUAUGCCACCGCAUGUGGAAUACGUAGCGCUGUGCACGUUGAAAAUCGUCUUGUGCUUGCGUUUUGGGGUAUUCAUAUUUUCCAUCUGGAUUCUUAUUCCCAUUCAUAUCGAUGAAUUUUCUAUGAACCCAAGAAAUGCAGCGCCACAUUGGGGAAGCAUCUACUUGGAUCCAAGGCUACACAUCGAGGGCACCUUCAUACAGGACGGCAGAAUAAAGAACCUGACGCAACCAGAUAUGGCAAAAGAGACGGUCCGACUACUCCAAUAUGUAGGAACGCCUGAAAGCAACAAUUUCAAGUUUGUGUGGGUCUUGGCCAGGAAUCUUGACGUGGCCACAGCGCUCUCUUAUAAAGCACAAUCAAAUAUUUGUAGUCCAAGACUAGCACCGGCCGUCUUCCAGGAUGAUGGCUACGAAUUCCUUGGCGAAGCAGAUAUUGAUAAUCGAAUGAUGCAAUACGUGUUCCAAGGGCAUGUUCACGUGGUCGACAAGGGCCAAUUUCUCAGUAAGGUAUAUGUGCUGACCAAACAACGAUGUAGCUGCUCUUGUGCGGGCGCAAAUGUGCAAAGGGACAUAGUUCACGUGAUAGAGUUUCUCCAAGUUGUUCAUAUUGUCUCUAUGGCUACCCUUUUCGACAAAUUCUUGUGA